CUGACGCCGGGCGCCCGGCGCUGCCAGCAUGUUUGACAGGACGCGGCUGCCCUUCGUGGCGCUGGACGUGGUCUGCGUGGUGCUGGCUGGCUUACCCCUUGGUGUUCUAAACUUGGCCAAAAUAAAACCGUAUCAGAGAGGCUUUUUCUGUAAUGAUGACAGCAUCAAGUAUCCGUUCCAUGACAGUACCAUCACAUCCACUGUCCUCUACACAGUGGGGUUCACCCUGCCCAUUUUCUCUAUAAUCCUGGGAGAGACUCUGUCUGUCUUUUAUAAUCAUUUGCACUCAAAUUCAUUUGUCAGAAAUAACUACAUAGCCACUAUUUACAAAGCCAUUGGAACCUUCAUUUUUGGAGCAGCUGCUAGCCAGUCGUUGACAGACAUUGCCAAGUACUCCAUAGGCAGACUGCGUCCUCACUUCCUUGCUGUGUGCCAGCCUGACUGGACACGAAUCAACUGCAGUCUAGGUUACAUUGAGAACUUCUCUUGUCAAGGAGACAAAGCAAAAAUCAAUGAGGGAAGACUAUCAUUUUACUCUGGCCAUUCUUCGUUCUCCAUGUACUGCAUGCUCUUCCUAGCACUUUACCUUCAGGCCAGAAUGAAAGCAGACUGGGCAAGACUUCUACGUCCUACCCUACAAUUUGCUCUUAUUGCUGCAUCUAUCUAUGUGGGUCUCUCGCGUGUUUCUGAUUACAAGCAUCAUUGGAGUGAUGUUUUAACAGGACUCAUUCAGGGAGCAGUGGUAGCUGUGCUUAUUGUUGUGUACGUGUCUGACUUCUUCAAAGUGAGAGGAUGUACAUUUCAACCAAAAGAAGAUUCCCAUACAACCCUACAUGAGACUCCAACAAAUGGAAAUCACUUUGGCAGCAAUCAUCAACCAUGAAGAAUGACCCACCUCACCUGUCUUGCUCUCUGAAAGGAAAACAAUUUCACAAGUCUAACUAUGUAAUAUAAGUAAAUGCCUUUAAGGGACUGCUGCUGCUCUUGGAUGCUCACUUUACCUGUAUAUAGUAACAUCUACCACAGUUAUUGUAUA